AUGGGGACCCCUCCCAAAAUUUGUUUUUCAACCCAGGAAACGGAAAAAAUCAUCGCAGAGCUGAACGAGACGUGGGAGGAGAAGCUGAGACGGACGGAGGCGCUGAGGCUGGAGCGGGAAGCGCUGCUGGCCGAGAUGGGGGUGGCUCUGCGCGAGGACGGCGGCACUGUCGGGGUGUUUUCCCCCAAAAAGACUCCGCACCUGGUGAACCUCAACGAGGACCCCCUGAUGUCCGAGUGCCUCCUGUACCACAUCAAGGACGGCGUCACCAGGGUGGGACGGGUGGACGUGGACAUCAAGCUCUCGGGACCGUCCAUCCAGGACCAGCACUGCCUCUUCCGCAGCUGCCCCGACCCCUCCUCGGGGGAAGCUGUGGUGACGCUGGAGCCGUGUGAGGGGGCUGAGACCUACGUCAACGGGAAGCAGGUGACGGAGCCGGUGGUGCUCAAGUCGG